AUGGUGCAUGUUAAGGAAGGAGAUAAUCUAUAUGGAGAAGAAUUCACUAGAGAGAACAGAGUUGUAGGUGUUUUGUGGGCCAACAAGAGGGACAGUGGUCUUUGGUUUGCCUCUCCUACAGCUUGUGAACUGGACAUUGCCAGCACUGGAAAGGGGGAAAGUGUAGGAGACGGAUGGAAAGGGUUUGUAUAUGCCUUGGAAGCAAUUUAUGACAGUGAGAGUGCUUUGAAGAAGAUAAGGAACCUGUCUGGUCAUGAUAAUGGGAAUUCACUUACUAAUCUCUUGUGGUGGGUUUAUAGCAGAGGUGAUUAA